GUACAAAGAAGAAAUGUUAUUAAAUUAAUCGGCCACCUUUUUCGCCAGCAGUAACGGCCGCAUUGAAACCCCGAGUGCAAUAAAUACGUGCUAACGCUGAGGCGCCUCUCCAUCAUCAUACAAUAACCGCCAAUUCGCUACUGCUAUUCCGCCUUCCAUAAACGCCAUAAAACAUACCAAAUAAGGAGAUACGCUUACGCUUGGGGCUGCUUUGGCUUUGGGAACUACCGGGACUUCCGAGUGAUAGAGUGAAAUGAUAAAGUCUACCACCAACAUACAGGAACAGCGUCUGCCACGUCCCGAGGACCAGCCACAGCAGGUGCAUCCGCCGCAGCCACCGCCCCCAACGCCGCCGACGCAUCAAGUGGCCGCCGUGAUAGCCAACAUGGACACACUGAAGACCGCCUUUCUGCCAAAUCUCAGCAUGGACCCCAACGUCCAUGUCAGUCCGCACUACUGUCCCAUGUGCCACCAGCAGUUCGAGCGGGCCCAGCACGUUACAGAGCACAUGCAGCUGUGCCACGGCAUAACGCUGAACUCUCAGGGAGCUAUCACAUCGCUGGAGGCCGCCCAACAGCAGCACCAGCAACAGCAACAACAGCAGCAGCAGCAGCAGCAACUGAAGCCCAACUAUUCGUGCGUUAACUGUGAUGAGAAGUUCGGGAGCGCCGUGGAUCUGGACGAGCACCAGCGAAUGACGCACCAGGCGCCCGCCUUCCUGGCGCGUUGCCUCGUAUGCAGCAUUUACGGAGUGCAUUCGGCCACGCCGAACCCCAACGAAUACAAGUGCACGCAGUGCGGUUCCGUCUGCACGACGUCCAUGCUGGCGGCGGGACAGCAGUCGUUCAUGGAGCAGCAGGAGGCGCCCGUGACACCCGACGAGCUUCCCGCCAUUGCGCCGCGUGAUAUGAGACUGACGCCCGAAGAGCAACAUCACCAGCAGCAGCAGCAGCUGCAGCAGGAGCACCAUCAUCAGCAGCAGGAACUGCUUGAGCAACAGCAGCGGGAACUGCAGGAGCAUCAGCAGCAACAGCACCACCAGGACGAUCUUUCUGGCGACCAGGUGGGCCUCAAAGUGCCGCCGCUCACCGUCAAGCUGAACAAAAAUUCGAAUGGGGGCUCCGUCGCCCAUCCCCAGGUCAUCAUCAAGGAAGAGCCGCUCAGUCUGAGCGAUAGUGGCGAUGUGGUUAACGCUGUCCCCGUCUAUGCCAUACAAGCGAAUCCUGGCGUGCAGGCACCGACCCCUGGGGCCGCCACCAGUGUCCUGGUCAGCACGCGGAUCGUGACAGCGGAUCAGGCGCACAAGAUCCGGCACAAAUGUCCGGACUGCCCGAAGACAUUCAAGACGCUGGGAACCCUGGCCAUGCACCGCAAGAUCCACACAGGCGAAGCAGACGCCACGCCCAAAGAACGCCCCUACACGUGCUCGUACUGCGGCAAGUCCUUCACUCAAUCGAAUACACUAAAACAGCACACUCGCAUACAUACAGGUGAGAAACCAUUUAGAUGUGGCUAUUGUGGCAGGGCGUUCACUGUUAAGGAUUACCUGAACAAACAUUUAACGACUCACACGGGUGAGAAACCGUUUCAUUGCGGCUACUGUGAGAAGUCCUUCAGCGUGAAGGACUAUCUCACCAAGCACAUACGGACGCACACCGGCGAAAAGCCGUACACCUGUCCGUAUUGCGAUAAGCGCUUCACGCAGCGAAGCGCCCUCACCGUGCACACGACCAAGCUGCAUCCGCUCUAGGGCAGGCCUGGCGGGGGCCGCCAACCCGCUCUUGCUGCCGACCCCGAGAAGCCGUCGUAGAGGAAGCACCACCACCACCUUCUUGGAUGGUGGGCAAUCAGUGGCAGUGGCAAUACAAGGAGCAGUAGCGAUAAGCUGGAGCAACAAACUAGAAUGAAAGACCUUUUCAAAGACGACACAAGAAGUUAACUGAAGCGGAGCAACGCAACCAACGACUGGCAAAUCUCCUCGGAAGGGGCUGCUAGAUAAUAAAUUACUAAAUUAGAUCUUCGUUUUCAAACAAAUCAAAGUUUUACUAAACUAGCGUACGGUUCUAGAAUGUUUAAGUUAAUGCAAUCGAUUUUUGAUUCAAUUUGGUUAUGUAGAUGUUUGCAAUUUUUUAUUUUUAUUUGUAUAUCCUAUAUGAAUAUCGUAUAUCAUAUUUUGUUAUUCUAUGAGAUUUUAUAUGGUGACUCCUUGGCGCACACUCACGCACCCACGCGGCGCUAUAUAUAUACACAGAAACACACACACACACAUCUAUUAUUUAUGCGUAUAUAUAAAGAGAAAACUAUUUUUUAUUCAUCUAC